AUGACCUAUCGGACGACUUUGGACCUGCUCUUCAAAUCACAUCACUUCAUUCCCAAUUACAAAUGUGGCCUCCAGGGAAAUGUAAUAGGAGUCAUUGGGGGACUGAGCUAUGAUACCUCCUCAUGCAUGGCAGACAUCUUGGGUCUUUACAAGAUUCCACAGAUUUCAUAUGGCUCAUUUGACACUUCCGUCAAUGAUAAAAUCAAGUUACCUCCCUUUUACCAUAUGGUCCCCAAUGAAGCCCUUCAAUACCAGGGAAUUGUCCAGUUACUUCUUCAUUUCAGUUGGAAAUGGGUUGGGCUGAUGGCUAUAGAUGAUGAAGGUGGAGAACAUUUCUUGCAGACCAUAGAGCCAAUGCUUUCUAAGAAUGGAAUCUGUUCAGCGUUCACAGAAAGAGUUCAAACAAAUGUGCAUUUCUCCAGUAGCAUAAUUGAAAUGCUUUCUCACAAACAGAGUACUUUACCAACUUUUAUGGUGAGCAAUGCCAACACAGUUGUAAUAUAUGGAGAAAGUGUGACUAUUACAUGGUUGGGUGGGAUUAUAGGGGGCAUCAGGGCAUUUCAACUACUGUUUCCUCAAUAUAAGAAGGGAGUCUCUACAGCAAAAGUGUGGAUUACAACAGCUCAAAUAGAUUUCACAUUACUGACCAUCCAAAAGAUUACUAAUAUUGAUAGACACAUGUUCUAUGGUGCCAUCUCCUUCACAAUUCACUCAACGGAGGUUCAAGAUUUCCAAGAAUUUCUUCAGAUUGUAAAUCCUUCCUGGGCAGCUGAAGAUGGUUUUAUCAAAGAUUUCUGGGAACAAGCAUUUGGCUGUUCAGUUUCAAACUCCACAUUCAGCUUUGGCAUUUGUACUGGAGAGGAGAUGCUGGAGAGCCUUCCUUCUCCUUAUUUUGAAAUGACCAUGACUGGCCACAGCUACAGUGUCUAUAAUGCUGUCUAUGCUCUGGCACAUGCCUUACAUACAACGUACUCAGCUAGAAACAACCACCGGACAAUAGUGGAUGGGAGCAGACUGUCUGCUCAGAAUGUGGAGCCCUGGCAGCUCCACUCAUCCCUUCAGAGGAUUUCAUUCAACAACAGCGUUGGAAAUGAAAUUACAUUUAAUGAACAUGGAGAAUUGGCAGCUGGAUUUGAUAUUACAAACUUGAUCACAUUCCCAAAUAAAUCCUAUGUCAGGGUCAAAGUGGGAAUGCUGGAUCCUCAGGCCCCUCUUGGUAAAGAGCUCACCAUUGAUGAGGACAGAAUCAAGUGGCACAAAAGCUUGACUCAGGUGCCACCCCUUUCAGUUUGUAAUGACUACUGUCCUCCUGGUUAUGGGAAGAAAAAGAAGGAAGGGAAUAAAUUUUGCUGCUAUGAUUGUGUUCCAUGUCCAGAUGGAAUGAUCUCAAAUGAGAAGGACAAGGAAACUUGUGUUAAUUGCCCAGAAGAUCAAUAUCCAAACAAAGGGAAGAAUCAAUGCAUUCAUAAGAUACUAAAUUUCCUGGGUUUUGAAGACAUUUUGGCAAUCAUUUCAACUUUUUCUGUACUUUUAUUCUCUCUGAUGACAGCACUGGUGCUUGGCAUCUUCAUCAAGGCCCGAGACACAGCUGUAGUCAAAGCCAACAACAGAAGCCUCACCUACAUUCUUCUCAUUUCCCUCCUCUUGUGUUUCCUUUGCUCUUUGAUGUUCAUUGGAAGGCCUAAUAAGGUGACAUGCCUUCUCCGACAAACUGCUUUUGGUAUCAUCUUCUCUGUUUCCCUCUCUAGCAUCUUGGCCAAAACCAUCUCUGUGGUUCUGGCAUUCAUGGCUACCAAGCCAGGAUCAAGGAUGAGGAAAUGGUUGGGACAAAGACUGGCUUAUUCCAUUGUCCUGUCCUGCUCCAGUAUUCAAGUGGGAAUCUGUGUUUUGUGGCUAGCAACCUCUCCUCCAUUCCCAGAUUUGGACACUCAUUUAAUGACUGAAGAAAUUGUUCUGCAGUGUAAUGAAUGUUCAGUCUCCAUGUUCUAUUGUGUUUUUGGCUACAUGGGCUUCCUGGCCAUUAUCAGUUUUACUGUUGCUUUCCUAGCCAGGAAGUUACCAGACAGUUUCAAUGAAGCCAAAUUCAUCACCUUCAGCAUGUUGGUGUUUUGUAGUGUUUGGCUGUCCUUUAUUCCAACCUACCUGGGGACAAGAGGAAAAUAUAUGGUGGCUGUAGAGAUCUUCUCAAUCUUGGCUUCGAGUGCUGGGUUGCUGGGUUGCAUCUUUUUACCUAAAUGCUACAUUAUUGUCCUGAGGCCUGAGUUAAACACCAAAGAGCAUCUAAUGCGAAGAAAAAUCUAA